CGGAGGACUUUGGCUACGGAUCUGUGCCGGGAUGCAGAGCUGGAGAGAUGGCCCAGGUGAAGGCAGCGAGUGGAGCGCCGAGGAGCCACCAGGACUUGGCAGAACUUUACUCUGACAUGGCCACAGUCAGCUCCAGCGCAGAUAUAGGUGAGCCCGGGAGGAAAGGAGCAACGUGCCAGACCUCCGUGACGGUCGGCCUGGACAGGGGAAGCAAAGCCUACCCGUCUCCCGCCAGGAGACGCCACCGUACCACCUUCAGCCACAAGCAGCUGGAACAGCUGGAGUUGGCCUUUCAGCAAAAUCAGUACCCUGACAUCUACUGCAGGGAGGAGCUGGCCCGCAUCACCAAACUCAACGAAGCUCGCAUACAGGUGUGGUUCCAGAACAGAAGAGCCAAGCAGAGAAAACACGAGCGGGCCUCCCAGAAGGUGUUCCCCGUGGGCGUGAUGAGUGGCCACAGGGCGCUGAUGGGGGGCAUGCCUCGACAGUACUACCCCCAGCCCUUGGCCCACAUCCCUCAUCUGUCCUCCGUGCUGCCGUCAGGGGCGUACCCCCGCCACCAAACCCAGGUCAGCCGCUGCCCCUGCCCCGGCAGCCCCCCGCAGCCGGCCCCUCAGCGGCAGCACGACGACUGGUACGGCUCGCUGAGGACCAACCUCGCCUCACCCAUGUUCCCGCUGGGCUCCAUGCAGCCUCUGGAGACGGGCUCCCCCUGGAGCUAGGAAGGAAAAGCGAGACCCUGUGUGGCCAAUUCAUCAUCAAAGAGAGCCGCAAUAACCACUAUAAAUAAAUCUCUGUUUGAAAGCUUGAUUUUCUGAUUUAUAAGUCUCCUCCAAAAGUGUGGCAGUAUGCA